AUGAGUCAGCAACAGGCUCAGCAGCCCCAGCAGGGCGACCCCGUGGUCGAGGCCCUGCGCGGGGAGGUGGCAAACCUUAGGGGUUUGCUGGAGAGCCAAGCGCAGCAGCUGCAGGCUGCGAUUGGCGAGCUUGCGGCCCAAAGGCAACAGGGCCUAGCUGCAGCAGCCGCCACGGUGGCAGCCGCUACGGCGGCCCCCGCCCCUGCGCCCGCGCAGGCGAGCGGUGGAGGGCACUUGCUCAAGAGCAUGCGUCUCCCUACCUCCCUUAAGGGGCGGGACGACUGGGAGCGCUUUGCCUUUCAGGCAGAGUCUUACCUGGCGGUCGUAGACACCAGGUAUCCAGCUGAGCUGGAGGUGGCUCGAAAGUGCAAGGUGCCACUCCAAAUGGCAGCCAUGACCGAAGAAGUGCGGACCCUUAGCGUCCGCCUCUUCGGCAUGCUGGGCAGCUGGACCCAGGACUCCGCCACAGCUGUAAAGCUGGCGCGCGGAGUGAAGGGCCAGAAUGGGUUCGAGCUCUGGCGUCUCCUGUGGCAGGAGCACAACCCAGAGAACGAAUCCAAGAACCUCACCUGGAGGCGGACCCUGCUGAUGCCGAAGUUCCCGCCAAAGGAGAGCGACUUCUCCUUGGCUCUGCAGGAAUGGGAGGCAGAUGUUGACAGUGGACCGCUACGCCUCCGAGUAUGGCGCAGGGCGCGCCCUAGCAGACGAAGAUCUGCGGGCAGUGCUGGUGACCGAGAGCCCCAACGCUCUCCGGCAGCACCUCACCAUGCACGCGGCGAGUCUUUCGACUUAUGCCGAGGUGAGGGAAGUGGUGGUGAGCUACUUGCAAGCCAAAAUACCCCGAGUGCGGGCUACGCCGCCUCUUCCCGAAGGGACCCUAACGCCAUGGACAUUGGCAGAAUAGGGGACCGAGACGGAAAAGAAGGGAAGGGCAAAGGCGACAAAGGCAAGAAAGGGGACAAAGACCACAGAAAGGGCAAGGGCGACCACGACAACAAAGGCAAAGGAAAAGGGGACAAGAAGGGGAACCAGCAAGGAGGCAGAGACGGCAAGGAGAGAUGCCCCAUCUGCUGGAAAACGGGGCACACCGUGAAGGAGUGCUGGUUCAACGCCAAGGGAAAAGGCAAAGGCAACAAGGGCCAGGUGGCCCAGGUGGCCGACGACGCGGCCACGACGUUGUCAACGACCUCCUUGGCGUUGAGGCCGGUGCGGGCAUUUGGCUCCACCGAGAGGACGGAGCCAGGGUCACUUAGCCAACCCCGAACACGGUCACUUGGCCAAUCGGAAACCGUAUCAUGUUUCAGGUCACUUAGCAAACCCCGUGCGGUCACUUAG